AAACAAUUUACUUUAGCACUUUUGACAGCACGAUAUAAUCUCUAAAAUCUCACAAAGUGCCGAGAAGAGCGCUUAACCAAGGUUGACGUCGAUCCCUUGGCCGCGGCGCCCUGAAGAUCAAGAGCCCGAGCCGAACAGGGGAAUGAUAAGGAGGAAAUAUUCGUCGUAGGAGUUACGAAAACAUGGCCGAGUCACAGCCGAAUCAUCUGUAUGGUGUUGGCCAUAUAGACGGCAUCUUAUGGAACACUUUACUGAGCCACCCAAAGCUUAGCACAAUGGCUCGAAAAAUCACUGUCGCCGCUGCCCAAGUUGGGGCAGUUCACAAAGAUUCUCAGCGACCUGAGACCCUUUCCCGCUUGAUAUCCCUUUUGGAGCAAGCCAGUCAGAAUGGGGUGGAAGUGCUUGUGUACCCUGAGACGACCUUUACCACCUUCUUUCCUCGUUGGAAAGGCUUGGACGACGACAGGGAGGAACUGGACCGAUGGUUUGAGCAUGGAGAUAUCACUACCAAUCCAAACAUAGCUCCUUUGAUAUCUAGAGCUAAGGACUUGGGCAUCGAUAUCGUAAUCGGAUAUGGAGAGAAAACGGAUGACAGUCAUUAUUACAAUACUUGCUCCUAUAUCCAUGCAGGCAAGGAAAUAUCAAAGUAUCGGAAGGUUCACCUUCCCGGUAACAAAGAACCCUACCCUGAUCCCGAAUUUAUUGACCAGCUUGAGAAGCGAUACUUCGAGCCCGGAGACUAUGGAUUCAAGGCCUUCCGAGUGCCAGAUCUUGCUGUGACACCUGAAGAUGGCGAAGCAAUUGCCGGCAUGAUGAUCUGUAAUGACCGUCGUUGGGCUGAAUCAUGGCGCUGUCUCGGUCUGCAGGGCGUUGAGCUGGUGUGCUUGGGCUAUAACACUAGCACUUGGGCUCCAGGACUAUUUGGUCACUCAAAAGAUGCGGAUCCUGAGGUAAUCAAGGCUCAGUCAGAAUUCCAACAUCUCCUUGUCAUGCAAGCACAUUCAUACACGAAUGCGACUUUCUCUAUUGCUGCUGCCCGCGCUGGAUUUGAUGAUGGAAAAUUUGGCCUAAUUGGUUGCUCUUGCAUUGUUCACCCCGAAGGCCACAUCAUUGCUCAAUCCAAAACCAUGGACGAUGAAUUGGUAAUUGCUACCAUCGAUUUAGACGACGCAAAGAUCGGCAAACAGAAGGUCUUCAAUUUUGGCUUGCAUCGUCAGCCUCAUCAGUACUCCAUUAUUACUCAACAGGCGGGAGUUACUGCCCCACCUCGCCUUAACUAAAAAUCUGAAGUGACAUAGAGAGUGUGUUAUGGUUCAUAUACUUUCGGAAUCUCAAGGUCUUUUUGCAUGCAAUCGGUUGGAG